UCCUCAUAUCGUCCGUCGGCGUCAUCCGCCGGAAUUUUAUUGUUAACCUAAAGGCGUUAUAUUUUGACACGAGAUAUUUAUUGACGAUUAAAAUGGAAGGAAUUGAAGUACCACCUGUCCCUAAAAGAGUGCUCCCUCCCAAAGAAGAAAAGGAGAAAGAGAGUGACAGUAAAAUUUGUAUUGAAGCCAAUCCAGACCCCAGUGCCCCAAUUCAAAACAAGGGUAUUUUAACAUCUUUUGUGAAUGGCAAGAAGAUGGCUAUUCCUGAACAAGAUUUGUUUGGUCGAUGUAGGUUUGUGUCGGAAUUUGAGAAAUUGAACAGGAUUGGUGAAGGCACCUACGGCAUUGUUUAUCGAGCUCUGGAUACGAAGAAUGAUUGUGUUGUUGCUUUGAAGAAAGUACGAAUGGAACACGAGAAAGAUGGACUGCCUGUGAGCGGACUCAGGGAAAUAUCUGUCCUCUUGAGCUGUCGACAUGAAAACAUUGUUCAGCUAAAAGAGGUCGUCGUUGGAAAAAGCCUUGAAAGGUAA